GACACAAUGCAUAGUUCCGCUCACUAACUCAUCCUUAGUGGUUGUUGCUUCACACGCUACAUCCAAAAUGGCGUCCGCUGAUGCUGAAGCAUCUAAUACGCUUGUAAAUAUUUCUUACAAUAUUUCAGUUAAAUUCCUACCAAAUUAUAAUAAAUUAGCAGAUAGAAUUUUAAAUAUAGGUCUUAAUUAUUAAACACAAGGAUACAUUCAUAAUAUAAAGCUUUUUAAUGAAGAAAACCGUGUGGUGUCUUCGCUGACUGCUGGAGAUCAAUGAAGAAAAAUGAAAAGCCACAUCGUUUAAACAUCGAUUUGUCCGUUCCUAGCCAACAUAGAUGUACACGUGUUCCACAGCAAUGGCAUGUCCCAAGAGGAGAGAAGAUCAAGCCAGUUCCAAUAAAUCACGUUGUUGUUGCCAGGGCAAGAGAAACCAGAAAGAGGAAACCUGUCAUGUGUCAGAUUGACACUUCAGUAAAGUUGCCUCCAGUGACAGCCCAUGAUAUAGAAGAACUACAGAAGGCAUCAGGCACGCCUAUAGAAUACCUGCUGUCCCCAAAAAGACAAACAGUAAAUACAAAGUUGGGACCUGGAUCAUACCUUUCAUACCAGAUUGGCAUUUUCAGCCCCAGUAAAACUUCCGCUAAAGUAUGAAAUGCUGAAAAAAAGAAUUUUUAUAGGCCUGAUCCUGAAAACCUUGAGAAGUCAACAAGGCUACAAGCAGAGUGUACACUGUGGUAUUCUGCAAGAAAAAACAUACAGCAUCUAAAUUUGGAGAAGUUCUGAAAAGGAAGUCUGCACCUAGUGAACAAAUGUUAAAGAGGUUAUUUCAUCCUAGUAUUGUUCAUGCAGCUUCCUUAAACUAUGGAAGCAGAAAUUAAAGUAAAGCAAAAUCAAAAUAUUUAACUCAAUUUCCAGACAGACAUAUUUACGAAUGUGGUUUUGUUGUGAACAAUGCGUUUCCUUUUCUCGGUGCAACUCCAGAUGGCAAACUUUGUGACAAUGGACAGGCAGGAAUUAUAGAAAUGAAAUGUUCUUACAGUGCAAGAGAUAUGUCAAUUAGUGAUGCGUGUAACAACGUAAAAAACUUUUGUUUAUACAAGAACAUGAAUGGCAAUAUCUCCUUAAACAGAAGUAAUGAAUAUUAUGCUCAAAUUCAGGGGCAGUUAAUAAUAACAGGAUGUGUUUUCUGUGAGUUCAUUGUAUUCUGCCCAAAUGAGAAAGAUUUGUCUGUUGAGCGUAUUUUCCCUGAUGUAAAAUACUCAAUGCUUA